AUGGAGCUGGGCUUCGCUGGGGGCUUCGCUGGGGGCUUCGCUGGGGGCUUCGCUGGGCCACGGCGGGCCUCACACCAUAAAUACUCCGUACGCGGGUUUCAGGUUUGUUACUUCGAUCUUCCGCCAUUCCCCACCCAGCACGGGAGAUCCCGGGUCGUCGAGGACAGGGCUGCCACUUUGGCUCCGGGCCAGGCCUGCAAGGCGCUCGACAAGGCCAAUGACCCGUGGGGGGCCCCGAGGGUGGCCCCGGGUUCUCCCGAUGGGCCUUUGCCUCCUGCGCAGGGCGUGGAUGGAGCAGGUGGAUCCACGGCGCGAGCGAAGAGGAUCUUCCACGGUUUGUCGCUGGGAAACUCGGGUGGUGUGCGAGUCACUUUUCGCCUCCAGGGCUCUACGCUGGUAUAUGAUUGCAGACAAGAGACAUGA